AUGGUAGUCAGAAAGAGGAAUAGCGUAUAUUCCGAACCUUCCAAAGGAGUGUCGGUAGCAAAUGCAUCGGGAAAAAAUGGAUUAAACGACUUCGAAUCAGCCAAAUCUGGUCAACUUUGGAAACUGCAGGAAAAGUUAACGUUGGCGCUAUUUACAACACGGCCGGGCCAUGACAUCCUGAACCUCUACUAUGAACUAUCUUGUGGUCACAUCAAUCUCCAUCAGCAUAAAAAAUGGCAAAGCACAAAGCAUCGAACUACUUCAGAUGAUGAGAAUUACAAAAGCAUGGUCAAAAAAUGGACCGAAUCAUACACGUAUAUCUGCAUGCUGAUGGACUUUCUACUCCAAAAUGAGCUAGAGGCAAUGGACUAUACAUCAUACUGCGAGCCAGUGCAUAAAUUGUCGCUUCGGUUCCUGCUAAAUGGAAAUACAGAACUGCUUAUAGUGGACGACAAUUACAACCUCAUGUUAGAUUUUCUUCUUCAUUGCCGACCCAAGAUUGAGCAGAUACUCAACCAGGGAAACCUGCCGUCUACACUGUUCAAAGCUGCACGCAAAAAGCAGCGAAUCUAUCAAUUGAGCGGGAGAUACACAUGGUACACUCUAAAUGCUCAAGAGUUUAAAAAGGCCGCUGACAUUGUUUGCAAGUAUUUGACGGUUUUGACCGACAAGCUCACCGCCCAGCAUGAUUUGAUACCGCGACUGCAACCAUUUUUUGACGUUAUGAAUUCCAAUAAAAUUGCCCAUUUUUCUAGGGUAGAUAAUGCUAGUUCAGAAGUACUUGAAAGUGACUCUGGGAGUGAAGCAGAAGAAUGGCCUUUGAAGAAGGGCGCUGUUCUUCAGGACCGCGUAUAUUCAUUCGAUUUGAAUGAUGACGGAACCUUAGAAACUCUGAACGUUUUCAGCCGUACUCGGAAAAGACACCAAACUCUUUACUACGUUCUGCGCCUUCAUGAGCAAAACUCGUCUCCAUUGCUGAAGGAACAAUUCUACACUCUUUGUGCCUUGGUUGACCCUGUAACCCAGCCCAUACCAAACGACUCACAUAUCAUUUCGAUUGACUUACUUUCAGACAUGUUUUUGGGCCUUUUGUGCAAGGAAAUCGAAAGCGUUUCACCGAAUUGGCGUUACCACAUUUGCUUUAAUCUUUAUAAGAUUUUGCACUCAUCACUACGACGGCUCAACUGCGAUAACUUUCAAAGACUCAAUUCUGUCAAUAAUAGCGACGACUCGGUUGACUGGAGAAGAAAUCUUCACAAAUGGCUUCCGCAGGGUUUGAACACGCAAGAUCUUGAGCUCGUAUACAUGGUUGACCUUUUAGCGGUGUAUCUCCUCUACAAACUAUAUCGUGACCUACCAGUUCAAAUGAACCCAUUUUUGGGUCCGAUGAUUUCACUUUGGAAGAAUCUCACAUUUGUGGUUCUGUUAGGUCUUGAGAUCGAUCGAUUUGAAGAGGAGCAGGAGAGUUAUAAAACUCCCGUCAUUGUCCGUGCCACAAUAAGAGGAGCUUCGGCGUUAAGAAGCGUUGUUGCUACCAUUUUGAAUGGCCAUGUGGAUUACAAACGCCACGACUUCAAGCAUGAGCCUAUCAACAUUUUCAUGUCCCCACAUGGCCGCAAGCUUUGCCACGGUGCCUUAUACACAGAUGUCCGGUCUCAUGCGGCGGCUAUGUUAGCGCUAGGAAUCGAUCUAGAGGACGUUACAAAUCUCUUAAGCGAUUUACAGCCAGGAGACAGGUUUGACGAGGAUGUCAAGUACAUGUUCGAUUAUGAGUACGACAACUAUAACGAAGUGGAUACUGAGGAUCUGGACGAUGAAGAACUGGAAGACGCCGAAUCUCGUGAGAGGAUCAAGGAAAUGAGAGCAUAUUACAAGAGGUGCCAUUGUCGCUUCGACGAUGACGAGCUAUUACCUGAUGACGAGGAAUAUCUCGAGUCAAAUUCCGCAAAAAUACGAAGCUUUCGCGAAGCUCCCCCGGAAAGCAGAGUAAACCUUUCUUCCAGUAGCAAGCCCGUUGCACAGAGGUCAAGACGAGACGGGGUCGAUUUUGACUUCAACGGGCGAGACUGGAGGGACAUACCCCGUGGUUUGAAUUUUUACCUCAAUGAAGAAUACCCAUUCGAGUCGAAUUUGAGCAUUGAUGUCGCAGGUCCCUUAAUGAAGGCUGCUGGAGAGAGAAAGUUAUCUUUCGAUGAAGGUAAACUACUUCUUACAUUGACAGCAAGCUGCGUUGCUCGGGAGCAAGAACAAACUGUUCUUCAAUCGGUAGUCUCUAGCCAAGAAGACCAGGGUGACCGCGGCCGGGAACAGAAUACCCAAUACGUGCCAGUCGGUGAUGGCGAUUUGACAACGGACUACAUUUACGAGCACUGGUGCGAGGAGUCACUUUUUGAAUGCACUUUAAAGUACAACGAGGUCCUCGUUUGGCGGCUGAUGGAUGAGAUGUUAAUGUGCAGCGGAUACCGCCGCGUACUGAUCUGGUUUAUUACUCAUCUGGAGGUUAACAGGUCGAUGAUCGAGUACAUAUUCACUUUGAUAAUGGGUGGAAGAGGAGAGCCUAAGGGUCUCAGGAUAAGUCAGAACAAGUCGAAGGACAAAAUGGCAUACGAUCAAAUCGAAUUUUCCAGACAGGGAUCCUUACAGCUCUCGGAGGUUGAGGUCAAAAUGCUGUUGCAAGAGAUUCUUACGAAUUUUGCGAUCUUUUUUUCAAAAUACGGACGCGAAACGGCUGAGGGUUCGGACACCGAUUUGAUAGAUGAAGAUGUUAAUCAUGGGAUUCCGCCGAGGGUUUUAGGUUAUAUGAGACUGGUAUGCCUUAUGAUCAAGCGAUUGAUGGCGGAGAAAAAGUUUGAUUUCGAAGACCCGGAUUACAUUUUUGAAUUGCAAACUUUGCUGAUGAGUUGGAUCUGCGUUCUACCCGACGCCCGUGAGCUAUUUUUUGAGCUCAAAGCGAUGGCCAAUGAGGACCUGCAAGACGGUGACGUCAAGAAUCCUGAGCGCUCGACUUCUAGGGCUCCUAACGACAAGACGGACGUUCUUGACGUUACAGCUCCAAAUUGGAGCACCACAUCUGACAGCACCAACGGCACUGCGAUGUCGAUCUACAAUGACAAAUUGCUUGCACUUCUUCCCUCAGUUGCUGGAAGUCAAAACAGUGCCGUGACAGCUUUACGCAAUUUUAUCAGUAAGCAUUCGCUCACAACGAAGACUGCAGGAUUAGGUCGCCGUGUGGUUUCCCAAGACGACGAAAUUUUGGGGAUGUACAUGUCCGAUCGUGAAAUGGACAAUCGUCAAUUUUUGGCAGAGUUUGGUAUCGACUACAACGAUUUUCAAGAUGGGAUCUACGACAGCGAAUUCAGCUAUAAUUGA